CUGACUGGGGGUGGGAAACUAAAUAAGUACCGAUCCCCUUUGGCAACUAGAAUUUUUGUCGCAGAGUUCAUUUCCUUCUUCAGUUCAAGACACUAUUUGAAACUCCCCCAACUUCCCCUUUUCCUCUAAAUUUUCUGGUUAAUUCCAAAAACUUUUUUGGUGAAUUGUCCUUUCCGUAAAUUCUUUAAAAAAACAAUUAAUUUCUAGCAGGCUUUUUCCACUUUGUCAAUGCUCAAAUCGAAAAGGAAUGUUCCUAUUAUUGCUUUUCCUUUAAAAAUGGCUCAACAACAACAGAGAAAUAAUGAACAACAAACAAAUUCUUUAACAACAUCAGAACAACAACAACAACAAAUUAAUUCCUCGUCUACAGCAGCAACAUCAAUUAAUACAACAACAACAAUUGACGCUUUAGCAGCAAUGUUGGGUGGUGGAAGUAUUGAGCCCGCUUUGGCUGCCCAAUUGCUUGGGCUUGGUCCUCAGAUUUUUUGGCCAGUUUUGGCUAUCUUAUGUCGUUUAUUUAUUAAAUCCAAAGUUGUUAAGUUUGAGUUGUUUUGUUUUGAGUUUUUCCUAUUUUUUGACCCCCCCCCCCCUUUGAAAAAUUAUUUAAAAAUUCAAAGACCCCCCUUCCCCACCCCCCUAAAAAUUCAAAAGCUCCUUCCCCUCCCCCUCUUCCUUCCUUGUUUUUUUGGAAAAAAACAAAAAUUGCAAAAUAUUAAAAAUUUGUUUUUCUUAAAUUUUGUUUUUUUUAACUUGAGGGCUUUUUAUUUUUCCACCAAGUAUAAAGUCCAUAUGUACUUGAAGCGGCUGCUGUUUUUUUUAAUUUUUUAUUUUCAAAUAUUUUCUCCUCUCUGAGUCACAAACAUUUUUUUUAUUUUUUAAUAUUCCCAAGAAAUGUAUAAAGGAUUUGCUUUCAAAGUGCGCAAUAAUAAAUAUAAAUCCUUAUUUAUACACAAAUCUUUCUAAAUGGCAUGUAAACAAAUAUAAAAUAUUUGUGUGUCUGUUUUGUUCGU